CGCCCAGGGCCCGACCGAUGUCAUAUUCUGCUUUGCAUAGGAUCGAUCUUCGUCCUUCGAGGAGUACUACAAGUCGAUGGACGUUUAUUGGACGAUUAGGUUCUUUCUUCAUUCCACUGAUCUGCCGAAUAUGAUAUCAACAGUGCACCAAAUAUUUGCCUCGUGGCCUGUUAUCUUUGUAUAAAAGAUGUAGGACCCUUCUAAUCGUCUUACUUCGCUUCACAAUGCGCAAAGGCAAAGGCAAGGACAACUUGAAUUCAUUGAGAAAUUCGGCUCAAGACACCGAAACAACAGCUUGUACAAGCAAACCUCUCAGGGUAUUGGACGCUGUUAUUGGAGAGAUUGCGAAUGUACAUCCAUAUGCAAAGAUGGUACUGGGCGUCUUGUCUUCUGCAGCCAAACAAUCAUUUGUGCAGACUAUUCUAACUCAAGUGGAUCGCGAUGCAGCGAUCGUCACUGGUUCUUGGGAUAACACUGUUCGACUGUGGGAUGCAGGGACAGGGGAGCCAGUCGGUGAGCCCUUGCGGAGGCACACUCAUUCAGUUUGGUCGGUCUCGUUCUCGCCGGACGGUACUCGCAUCGUCACUGGUUCGUUCAAGGGAGAUAAUGCUCUCCUUGGAGGGGGAGAUAUAACGGCGGCGCUAUCCAACAGGCCUUGUCCAAUAUCUGUUUCAUCACAUUUCUUGUCGAGUUCUUAACUACCUUCAUCUACCUGUUAUUUCUGCAGUCGCUUGAUGUCGCCGUCGGCCGAGUACUUUGUUACCUGUUCAGUAUUUCCCGCUCCUAUGCUUGCCUGAAACUCGCUGUUCUUUGGGCCUUACAUACCAUUGUUGGUCGUGGAGUUAUACUAGUACUACUGUUGUUUGGACCACCGAACUUUGA